AUGGCGCGUCUCGGCCGCGUUGGGUUCCUCGCCCUCGCGGUGGUCUUCCACCUGAUCUAUACAUAUUCGAUCUUCGAUAUCUACUUUGUGAGCCCAAUUGUGAGUGGUAUGCGCUCAUUUGGCGUCGACCGCCCAGUUGGAACCAAUGCUCCCGCGCAACGACUCGUCCUCUUUGUCGCCGAUGGCCUCCGCGCCGACAAGGCCUUUCAAGCAUUCCCCGAUCCGUCCCCCGAUGCUCUCGCCGAGCCAUCCGAUGAUUUGAUUCGAUUGGCACCAUUCAUUCGCUCUAAAGUUCUUACGCAUGGAACCUUCGGUGUCUCUCAUACCCGUGUCCCCACCGAAUCGCGACCCGGUCAUGUUGCCCUCAUUGCGGGCUUGUACGAGGACGUCUCGGCAGUUACAACGGGUUGGAAGUUAAAUCCCGUUGAUUUCGACAGUGUCUUUAAUCGCAGUCGGCAUACAUGGAGUUGGGGUAGCCCGGAUAUUCUGCCAAUGUUCAAGGAAGGAGCGGAGCCCGGCCGUGUUGAUGCGGAGAUGUAUGCGGAGGAAGCUGAGGAUUUCAGUCAGGACGCUACUCAUCUGGAUACUUGGGUGUUUUCGAAAGUUCACGAGCUAUUCGAGUCUGCAAAGACCGAUCCGGAGCUUGACCGAAAACUGCGCGAGGACAAACUGGUGUUCUUCCUUCACCUGUUGGGACUAGAUACCACCGGUCAUGCGUUCAGGCCUUACUCCAAGGAAUACCUCAAUAACAUUAAGAUUGUGGACAGGGGUAUUCAAUCGGUCACCAAGCUGGUCGAGGAUUUCUACGGCGAUGAUCAGACCGCAUUCGUUUUCACUGCGGAUCAUGGCAUGAAUGACAUGGGCAGCCACGGAGACGGUCAUCCAGAUAACACACGCACUCCCUUGGUUGUGUGGGGUUCUGGCGUUGCUAAACCCCAAAUUACUAUGAAUGGAAUUGCCCCCGGCCACGAGGACGGCUUCUCGUCGGAUUGGGGAUUUGACCAGAUCCAGCGACAUGACGUUGCACAGGCCGAUGUCGCGGCUCUUAUGGCUUACCUGGUUGGCGUCGACUAUCCCGUCAACUCGGUGGGUCAGCUGCCAUUGGAUUAUAUUGAUGCCACUCCAAAGGAGAAGGCACAGGCCGCGCUUGCAAACACCCGGGCCGUGCUGGAAAUGUAUCGAGUCAAGGAAGAGCAGAAGCGAAACGCGGUGCUCCGCUACGUGCCAUUUGAACCCCUCUCUGGCGAUGGGGAAACUUCAAUUGAAGGCCGCUUUGCAAACCUGGAGACCCUGAUCUCUAACGGGGCUUAUGAGGAUUCCAUUGCCCUAUCUUCAGAGUUGCUGGUGCUCGGUCUCGAGGGUCUGCGCUACCUGCAAACAUACGACUGGCUGUUCCUGCGGACAAUUGUCUCUCUGGGCUACUUGGGCUGGAUUGCUUAUGCGUUGACCACAGUCAUCGAUUUGCAUGUAUUGCACGGAACGACCGACUCUCACCGGACGACUGCGAGCAUCUCAUUCUUUUCAUCAAUCUUGGUGGCCCUAUUCUCCAUUUUCCUGUACCAGGGCUCAUCGUGGCGGUAUUACUUCUACGCUUUCUUCCCAGUCUACUUCUGGGAGGAAGUCUUUGCUCGCCGCAAGGCAUUGGCUGCUGGCCGUCAGAUUAUUCUCGGCCAUGUUCACUCAUUUUCUGGAUACCUUUCCUUUGGACUGCAAACGCUAGCUUUCCUUGGUGUACUCGAGGCACUGGUCCAAUCUUACUUCCACCGUGAAAUCUUCACCGUCGGGUUUGCCUUGGGCGCCCUCUGGCCUGUGGUUUAUGGCUUUAGGUUCAUUCGUAACCAUGCUUUCCUCACCGCAACAUGGGCUCUUGGGUGUUCUCUAAUGAGUACUUUCACUCUUCUUCCCGUCCUGAAAGUGGAGAACCUUGAUACUAUCACCUACGGUGGUCUCAUUAUGUUCUUCACCGGCAUUCUGUACCUCCUAUUCGAGGAUGCCAUCCUUGAACACGGCGGCAGUGUCGCAAAGGGCUCCAAAUCUACCACAGUCGGAUCACGAGUUAUCGUGGGGUUGCAGGUCGGCAUGGUGCUUCUUGCAUUGAUUGUGACUCGCUCCAGUGUGACAUCACUCCAAGCACGUGAGGGCUUGCCCAUUGGCAACCAAGCGGUGGGCUGGUUUGUACUUGUGGCCUCGCUCUCUUUACCCUUCUUCCACCGAUUCUACCCAAACAACAACUAUCUCCACCGCCUUAUGGUCAUCUUCCUGACCUUCUCGCCAACAUUCAUCAUUCUCACGAUCUCGUGGGAAGGGCUAUUCUACUUCGUGUUCUGCAUGACCCUUGUAACAUGGGUCCGUCUUGAACACGCUAUCUACGUCCAUACUGCAGGUUCAAAGACUGUCCAGUCGCAAGAGCCAGCUACGAAUGGUUCAUCAACUGAAUCAAAACCUGCCCCUACCAGCACUACCACCGUCGAUGGACAGACAUAUAGCUACCGUGCUCUCACCCUCUCUGAUACCCGUGUCGCGCUGUUCUUCUUCUUCCUACUUCAAUCAGGAUUCUUCAGCACUGGAAAUGUCGCCUCCAUUUCCACCUUUUCUCUCGAUAGUGUUCGCCGUCUCAUCCCCAUCUUCGACCCCUUCGCCCAAGGUGCCCUCUUGAUCUUGCAAAUCCUUAUCCCCUUCGCCAUCAUCAGCGCCAACUUGGGUAUUCUCAACCGUCGCCUCGAAGUUGCGCCCAGUGCUCUGUUCAUGGUCGUCAUGUCCAUCUCGGACGUGAUGACCCUGAACUUCUUCUACAUGGUGCGCGAUGAGGGCUCCUGGCUGGACAUUGGUAUGACUAUCAGCCACUUCUGCAUUGCUAGUGCCCUCUGCACUUUCGUUGCUGGACUAGAGUUCCUCAGCGAGCAGUUCGUCAGUGGUGUUGACUUUGGUGGUACUGCUCAAGCCCUCGGGUCUGCUGUUGUACAGGCUGUGAGCGAGUCUGCCGAGUGUGGCCAUGAGUCGACGACUUCGAAAAGUCGUAGCCGAGACAAGGGCAGCAAGGCCCAGCAAUGA